AUGCAAAUUCGUGCCCGGUGCUACCCUGCUGACAAGAUUAUAACAAUCGACGUGGAGCCUCAGUACACCAUCGAGAUGCUCAAAGCCAAAAUCGAAGAAGAAAUGGGUGACAAGGCAGAAGUUGAGCGUAUUAUCUACCUUGGUGAGCUAAGUCAUACAACUGAGAAUUAUGAGAGGACUUCCAACUUGAUAUAG